AUGCAAAGAGUAUGGAACAAACUGAAAAGAUUACAACCUAUAUUGAAACCUCUCAAUAAAAAGGUUACUGAAAUCCAAGUGCAACUUACACAAGCCAUGAAGGAACUCAUACAAGCACAACAUGACUUACAACAAAAUCUUUUUAACCAUCAGAAUAUUGACAAAGUUAAAAAAUGUACUGAUCAUAUUGUCCACCUAAAUCAAAUUAAGGAAGGAAUUCUUAUGCAGAAAUCCAAAAUCAAUUGGCUCAAAUUAGGUGACGGCGUAAAUACCACUAAUUUUAAAGGUAUUAACAUUCCUGCAAUUAGAAGUGGAAAAAUGUUGACAAUGGAUUUAGCCCAGAUGCUCAUUAGGCCAAUUGAAGAGAAUGAAAUUUGGAAAGCUUUAUCUAGCAUAGGAGACACCAAGGCACAAAGUAUAAAUGGUUUAAAUGUGUUAUUUUUUAAAUCAUUCUGGCAAGUGAUUAAAAAUGAUGUGAUAGAAGCAAUCAUGGAGUUCUUUGAAACGGGUGAUAUGCAUAUGGCAAUCAAUUCCUCUCUCGUGAAGUUAAUUCCAAAGUCCCCUGAAACAAAAAACAUUAAGGAUAUGAGACUUAUUUCAUGCUACAACAUUAUUUAUAAGAUUAUCUCUAAAAUUCUCACUGCUAGACUUGCUAAAGUGACUGGUACCGUCGUGGAUGAUAAUCAAUCUGCUUUUGUACUAGGUAGAACUAUUCAUGAUAGUAUCAUGAUGGUAUAA